UAAAACGAAAUAAAGAGCUUCUUGCCUCAAAUAUUUAAAAUACAAAACAAGUAAACUAACAGAUUUAAAUAAUGUUUAAUGUUACAAUAACCCCCAUUAAACCUGUAGAAGCAACACAAAGUACAAAAUAAUAUUUCCUUAAAAAUUGUAAAAAAAAAUAUUCCUGUUACUCCCAAAAUAUUCUGUGUCUAACACGUCUGUGUUAUAAUGAAUAGUGAUCUGUGUGUCAUGCAGUAUUUAAGCUUAGUUAUUAUAUUUGUAGGACUACAUUUUUAUCAUUGUGGGAAAAGUUUUUCAUCAGGACACUAAUACAAAUCUGAAAUGUGUGACACUGACAUUCACAUAUAUGCUGUGAUUGAUUUUGACCUUUGAACUGUGUGAAAGCCACAGCUCAUGGCCAGGGUUUCCCAGCAGGUAUAUGUCUGAAAAAUGAAACAGGUGAGUCCUUCUAUAAAUGAGCGGCUGCAGCUCUGCUCCAACACAACACCAGGACACAUCUGAACCUGCUCCAUACAAAAGCAACUUGUACCUUCACUAAAAAUGCUCAACAGGAUCUUCUUGGUUUGCCUGUUUGUGGGUCUGUACAGUGCAGGCUCCUCGCUGAGCUGCAGAUGGAUGGAUCAUAAAUUCAGACAGUACAGUGAAAACUCUUUGGAUCUACUGGAGACGAUGGUCAAUAAUUCCACUAACACCACUGAGGAUGCUGAAGUGGAGCACACUGUGGCCUUCCCUAAUGAUCUGUACAGCCAGGCGUCCAAAGCAUCAGCUGAGGAUAAACUUGGUUUCACAGUGCAGGUUCUGGACGAGGUGGCUGUCCUGUUUGAUGAGGAUCACAGCAAUGCAUCAUGGGAGGAGAAAACAGAGAAGGACUUUCUCGGUGUUGUAACGCAGCAGGCUGACGGCCUUCGCUCCUGUAUUGGGAGCCACAGCCACAAGAAGAAGAACAAGAAGGUGCACAUGUAUUUCAAGAGACUCUCCAGCCAUGUUCUCGAAGGAAUGGGCCACAGCGCUGAAUCCUGGGAGCUGAUCCGGAAGGAAAUCAAAAGCCAUCUAAUGAGAGUUGACCAGCUGGUUUCAUCUCUGCUCACCGCCAACUAA